CUCUACGUUCCCUUCGAACAUCUGAUUUCUAUACCAUACCUCGUCGCUGCUUUAUUUCCCUGCGCAUGCGAGCAUUCUCCGCCCAGAGCCUGCGGUGGGUGAGCCCAUGUCGCCCGUCAUGGAGUCGGGUCUCCGCAUUGGCGCCGAUUAAAGCGCGUCCAUUCCGCGGUGUCGCAUCCCCAGCAUUGUCUCGUCCACACAUCCGACCAUUCUCCGCGUCGACACCCGCGCGUUCCACAUUCGAUAGCGAGUCGACUAUAUAUGCACUGUCCACGGCAUCCGGGCGAGCGGCGAUCGCAGUCGUACGGGUUUCCGGCCCAGCAUGCGUGCAGAUUUACAACGCACUAUGUCCCAACACGCGACUCCCCCGACCGCGAAUGGCAGCUGUCCGCACGCUGUACGAUCCAACUCGCGACCCCUCCGCGAACAGCGUCCUCGAUGCCGGUGCGCUGGUGCUAUACUUUCCCGGCCCGAAGACCGUCACAGGGGAGGAUGUGCUUGAGCUUCAAGUGCACGGCGGACCAGCGAUUGUCCGAUCCGUCCUUACGGCCCUAGCGCGACUAAACCAGCCGGCGCAUUCAGUCCGCUACGCCGAACCUGGCGAAUUCACGCGGCGCGCGUUCAUCAACAACCGUUUGGAUCUUACGCAAAUUGAGGCGUUGGGCGACACUUUGGCGGCGGACACGGAGCAACAGCGUCGACUCGCCGUCCGAGGGGCCAGCGAUGCAUUGUCGAAAAGAUACGAGGAGUGGCGUCAGCAACUGCUCUUCGCGCGCGGGGAGAUGGAGGCCCUCAUUGACUUUUCGGAGGACCAACAUUUCGAUGAAUCGCCCGAUGAAUUGACAUUCUCGGUCUCAUCGCAAGUGAAGAAACUGCAGGCGCAGAUUAGAUUCCACAUCCAGAACGCGUCGAAAGGGGAGUUACUGCGCAGCGGGAUCAAAGUUGCGCUUCUCGGAGCUCCGAACGCGGGCAAGAGCUCUCUCUUGAACCAGGUCGUGGGCAAGGAAGCGGCCAUCGUCAGCACCGAAGAAGGCACCACGCGGGAUAUCGUGGACGUGGGCGUGGAUCUGAGCGGGUGGUACUGCAAGCUCGGGGACAUGGCUGGGAUCCGAUCGGAAUUGGGCGGGCCUGCUGGACAGGGCCCGUUCAUCAUCGGCGCAGUGGAGCAGGAAGGGAUCCGUCGUGCGAAGGCGCGGGCGUUGGACUCCGAUGUGGUCAUUGUGGUUCUCUCUCUGGAGAAGCGGCCUGACGACCCGUCGCUGUACCAACUCUCCGUAGAGCCAGAAGUGGCCAGCGCUGUUCACGACUGCACCCAGGCCGGAAAGUGCGUCGUCGUCGCAGUCAACAAAUGUGACCUACUGCCUCAGGAGGACCGGAGUGGACAAGUUGCCCGGCAAUUGACUGCAGCAGUCGGCAUCCAUUUCCCAGAUGUCCCUGAGCGACGCAUCUUCUUCAUCUCCUGCAGCGAAGCCCAAAAGGGCAUAUCCAUGGACCAUUCAGACCCAGGCCAACUACAAACCUUCCUCCGAGGACUGGUCACGACAUUCGAAGAGAUCACCUCACCCCUGGGAGGAGACGACGGCGAGGCCGGAACAUACGACGCUUCCUACUGGGAGGAUUCACUCGGAGUGACGCACCGGCAGAGCGCUAAUUUAGAAAGGUGUUUGCGCCAUUUGGAUGACUUUCUCGACGAGGCUCAACCCCAGAGAUCUUCUGUGGACCCCACCCAUGGAAUGGAAGUGGACAUUGUGACCGCCGCUGAACACCUCCGGUUUGCGGCUGAUGCUCUGGCGAAGAUUACUGGUAAGGGCGAGAGUGGGGAUGUAGAGGAUGUGUUGGGUGUUAUUUUUGAGAAGUUCUGCGUUGGGAAGUGAACAUUUUGGCUACUUGGGUUAUUGGAGUUACUGCAUGGCAUUGCAUUUGAAGCGCUAGACCCACUGUAUAGUACUUGAAACCAUCCUGGUUCUAUAUAGCGUUAAUACCAGGAAUACAUGCAUCAUUCACAUGGCUAGCAGUCGCCAAUUCAUACCCUCAUCAUACGGACUAC